CGACAGAUCAUUCAGCACCCAUGAACCGAACGCGUGUCAUGGGAUAAAGAAACCGGCAUCGAUUCCGCUGCAUACGAGAGGACUACAAGUCCCGAAGUUGGUGCCGACCCAAUCACAGCUGGCUUGAAGUUGGGGAUUCUUUUGCAUAGUUCAACGCCAAGAUCAUGUAAGUUCACUUGGCACCUGCCGUCCAGGCCAGGCCGACAGGAGCCAGACACGGUAUAAGAGUCGACGGUACGUCGGUUUUCAGUACCCAAUUGCUGUCUCUUCACCACUCGAACUCGCGCAGACUACUUACCAAGAUGGCUGCUGAGAAGGACUCGACCAGUCAGUACGAAGACUUCAAACACGGAGACACGCACGACGUCGCGGAACAUGGCCAUGCUGCUACCGAUAUCUAUGGUCAUUCACUGGUGCAAUUCGAUCCCAAAGCGGAGGCACGCCUGAGACGGAAGAUCGAUCUCUACAUUGUGCCUACGGUGGCUCUACUCUAUCUUUUCUGCUUCAUCGACCGAGCAAACAUUGGAAACGCGCGAUUGGCUGGGUUCGAGAAAGACCUGGGACUCGCAGGUUAUGAUUACAACUCGAUCUUGUCGGUCUUCUAUAUCAGCUACAUUCUGUUCGAGAUCCCAUCGAAUAUCUGCUGCAAAUGGAUCGGCCCAGGAUGGUUCAUUCCAGGCAUCUCGCUCUGCUUUGGUGCUGUGUCAAUUGCAACAGCUUUCGUUCACAACAAAGCACAAGUAUCUGGUGUUCGGUUCGUGCUCGGAAUAUUUGAGGCCGGAAUGUUGCCAGGGAUUGCUUACUACAUGAGCCGUUGGUACCGCCGAAAGGAGCUUGCUUUCCGCCUUUCUCUCUACAUUGUCAUGGCACCACUCGCAGGCGCGUUUGGUGGAUUGCUGGCAUCUGGUAUCCUCAAACUUCACUCGUUUGGUUCUCUUACACGCUGGAGGAUGAUCUUCGCCAUCGAAGGCAUCGUGACCUGCAUCAUUUCCCUCGUCGCAUUCUUCACGCUUACAGAUCGCCCCGAGACUGCCAAAUGGCUCACCCAGGAGGAGAAGGACUUGGCCAUUGCUCGCAUAAAGUCGGAGCGUGUCGGUCAGAUCGAAGUCCUCGACAAACUCGACAAGAAGAAGACACUUAGGGGAAUUUUCAACCCGGUGGUCCUAAGCACAGCCGUGAUCUUCAUGCUCGACAACGUCACGGUACAGGGUCUGGCUUUCUUCCUUCCAACGAUCGUACGAACCAUCUACCCCAAGAACACCGUCAUCUCCCAGCAGCUCCAUACAGUGCCUCCCUACAUGGUAGGCGCAUUUUUCACUGUGCUCUUCCCGUAUCUCAGUGGACGCUUCGACAAGCGAACUAUCUUCAUAAUUGCCGGCGCUCCACUUAUGAUGACGGGCUACAUCAUGUUCCUGGCCAGCACCAGUACGUCAGUUCGCUAUGGAGCAACGUUCCUUAUAGGAUCUGGCGCGUUCUCCUUCGGCGCGCUUUGCAACGCACACGCCUCUGCCAAUGUUGUAUCUGACACAGCGCGUGCCUCUGCCAUCGGCACCGUCGUCAUGUUCGGCAACAUUGGUGGUCUCAUUUCCACGUGGAGCUUCCUGCCAUUUGACGGCCCCAACUACCACAUUGGUAACGGAUUGAACUUGGCUACAAGCAGCACAAUUCUUAUACUCAGCACUGCGAUGUUGUUCUGGAUCAGAGGCAAUAACAAGAAGCGGGAAAGCGUAAAUGUUGACCAGGAACUGGCAGGCAUGUCGUAUGGACAGAUCGAAGACUUGGACUGGAGACAUCCAUCAUCGAGAUGGAGGGAGUAAACUUCGAUUGGUACAAUCACAUGUGACACGACAACCAACUCAAAAGGCGAGAGAUACCCCAGUGGAUGAUUAUGUCUCGAUGGCUUCAAUGUACUUUACUACUGUUUAUUUAUGAGCUUGC